GUUCACGAUCAGCUGUUUGACUGACUGCUGGUUCCCACGUUAGACCGUCGUUCCUUUUUUCCGCCUUGGCUGAGCGACCGGCCGCCCGCGAAAAAUGUUCCGAAUUGGAUUAAAAUUCCCGUGCAACGGUCUGAAUCGGGUUAAGAAACACGGGUACUGCAGACUUCAUCUCCUCAAUGCCAGGUAUCACGAGACACGAACUCCCAUCAAAUGCGAACCCGAUGGCAGACUUCUAAAGGAUGUGAAACUUAUGUCCAGACUUUCUGGACGUAAGUAUUCGACCGAAGCACCAAAAAGAGAGAAAACUCGAGGUUCGGGGGGUCUGUUAACACUUGGAGCUUUGGCACUCGGAACGUUUAGUAUUUUCGCUUAUGCCAGAAUGGAUCCAGAGUUCAGAAAACUGUUGGAAGAAUGGAUUCCUGGCUCCGACAGAGCGGUCCAAAUCAUUUUCCAAGAAGAACAAUCACUCUUCGAUUCUCUGAAAAAUCUUUACGAGAGAAUUACGCAAAGCUCCAGUCAACCAGACUGGAAUCCAUCGAAAGUGGGAAAGAAUCCGGUGAUAUCAGCCUGUAAGAGGACCGUAGAGAAUUACAUACCUCCGAAAUCAGCAUUUGAGCCAUUGUCUGACGUUAAGGAACCACCGAAGAAUGACCAGUUUUCCCAAAUCCGCUUCGUCGGGGAUCCUAAAGAUGAUAAUGAAGUCGCUCCGAAAGAGGUUUCUUCACCAGCCAAGGAUAAUCAGGACAAUUUGCUGCCUGAAAAUCUUGUUGAACUUGAGGCUUCCUGUGGACAGGCAGCUGCAAAAGCCAUUGAAGCUUACCACACGGCAACGUGCGCAAUCGAGAAGUACAAUAAAGACGUAGUCAAAGUAAUAGAAAGCACCGAAAACACAGAUGUUCAAUUUUGGGACAGAUUGAGGGAUGCAACAGAGGCGAGGAAAAAGGCGCUGACCGAGGCGGAGAACAGCGCAGGCGAGGCUUUGCGUUCUUUGAGAACAUUGUCGAGUCUGAUCGACGAUCCGAAGCUCGCUGCUUCCCCUGUUUCGAAAACAGUUGCGAGACGAAACAUUAAGCAAAUAAUCGACGACGUUGACGAGGCAAAGCAGAAGUUCGACAAAGAGGCGCAGAGUGCUAAUGUUACCGAAAGGUAUUGGAAACAGGUUCUCACAGCGAGGAAAAACUUCGAAGACGAGCUGGAAAUUCUCUUCCCAAAAGUCAACAUUUCCGAGAAGAAAUUUUCCGUCGACGAGGAUUCCUUCGACCUUUUCGUACUCCACAUGUAUCACAAAGUUAACGCUCUUAACAAGGAACUUCAACGACUUCAGACUGUGAAUGCUGUGAAAUUGGAGCACGCGUUAAAGUCGGUUGGUGACGAAGCUGAGCGGGCCAAAAUUGAAGCCCAGAUCUGCAACGAAGUAAACAAGGAAAGGCAGAUUCUGCAGGAUGAAUUUGCAAAGAAGCUUCUCGCGGAGACGAAAAAAUACAACGACGAACUGAGGACGCAGCUGAAACUUCAGGCUCAAAUCCACGCUGAUCAUCUUCGCGACGCUCUGUCUCAAAAAGAUCGAGAAACUCAGAGGGUGAUAAAUCGGACUUUGAGCGAACAGGUCGAGGCUGAAGCGAGCAAGUAUAAAAUCCAACUCGCCGCCGUUGUUGGAAGGCUGCAAGGGCUCGACGCAGCGUUGAAGGCCCGGAUCGAGGAAGAAAAAUCGGCAUCUAACGCCCAGAUGCUCUGGGGUGCUUGUCAAGCCCUCGCGAGAGCUGUAAAAGUCGCACCUCCGGGUGUCAAAGCUGAAGAUGCCGUCAGGCCUUUGGAGGCAGAAAUCAAAGCGGUUUCAAAAGCAGCCACUGGUUCAGAUCCGUUGGUGAAAGCGGUGAUAAACGGCAUACCCGAGAUAGCAUCUAAGAGAGGAGUUUUCCCGGAGGAUGCACUCAGGGAAAGGUUUCUCAAGGUAGAAAACAUGGCGAGGAGGUUAGCGCUUGUGCCAGAAAACGGUGCUUCCUUACCAAUUUAUCUCCUCAGCUACCUGCAAAGCUUUCUUCUCGUCAAGGCGGCCAGUCCAAUACCAAAGUCAGAGCUUGACGACCAGCCGAUUGAUCCUUCAGAAUUGAGCACUUACGACGUUUUGCAGCGGGCUAGAUACUGGCUCGACCGCGGUGACUUCAAGAUGACACUGCGGUACAUGAAUCUUCUGAAAGGCGCGCCAAGGUCUGUGGCAAAUGACUGGAUAAACGAGGCUACGAUUCUUCUCGAAACACAGCAAGCGGUCGACACUUUGAUAGCUCACGCAGGUGCCGCUGGUCUCGUUUUCUUCGGUGGUGGAGAUUCGCCGAAGGAUAAGUCAGCAGCCGGUAAGAAGUAACUAGAAUGAAAUGGUAACGUAUAUUAUACAUUGAAAAUAAAGAGCUGCCGAAACUUUAAUAACGGAUACAUAAGAGAGGGAAUGAAAAAAGCUCAAGCUAGCCAACCAGUCGUCAGCCUGCCUUAAUAUUCACACGAUGUUUUGUACAGUG